AAAGCCGAUUUGGCCGUGGCGGGGCUGACGAUUACUGCCGAGCGGGAGAAGGUGAUUGAUUUCUCUAAGCCGUUCAUGACUUUGGGAAUUAGUAUUCUCUACCGAGUUCAUAUGGGCCGCAAACCUGGCUACUUCUCAUUCCUGGAUCCCUUUUCCCCUGGCGUCUGGCUCUUCAUGCUGCUCGCCUACCUGGCUGUCAGCUGCGUCCUCUUCUUGGUAGCUCGAUUGACACCGUAUGAAUGGUACAGCCCCCACCCCUGCUCGCAAGGCAGAUGCAAUCUUCUGGUGAAUCAGUACUCUCUCGGCAACAGCUUGUGGUUCCCAGUUGGAGGAUUCAUGCAGCAGGGCUCCACCAUUGCCCCCCAGGCGUUAUCCACGCGCUGCGUCAGUGGAGUCUGGUGGGCGUUCACCUUGAUCAUCAUCUCCUCCUACACGGCCAACCUGGCGGCCUUCCUCACCGUGCAGCGGAUGGACGUCCCCAUCGAAUCCGUGGAUGACCUGGCUGACCAGACAGCCAUCGAGUACGGCACCAUUCACGGCGGCUCCAGCAUGACCUUCUUCCAAAACUCGCGCUACCAGACGUACCAGAGGAUGUGGAACUACAUGUACUCCAAGCAGCCCAGCGUCUUUGUGAAGAGCACGGAGGAAGGGAUUGCGCGGGUGCUGAACUCCAAUUACGCCUUCCUGCUGGAGUCCACCAUGAACGAGUAUUAUCGUCAGCGCAAUUGCAACCUCACGCAGGUCGGGGGCCUUCUGGACACCAAGGGCUACGGGAUUGGCAUGCCCGUCGGCUCUGUGUUUCGGGAUGAGUUUGACCUGGCCAUCCUCCAGCUGCAAGAGAACAACCGCCUGGAAAUCCUGAAGCGGAAAUGGUGGGAAGGAGGCAAGUGUCCCAAAGAGGAGGACCACAGAGCCAAAGGCCUCGGAAUGGAGAAUAUUGGUGGAAUCUUCGUGGUUCUCAUCUGUGGCUUAAUCGUAGCAAUUUUUAUGGCAAUGCUGGAAUUUCUGUGGAGCCUUCGGCACUCUGAACAGUCAGAGGUGUCGGUGUGCCAAGAAAUGGUGUCGGAGCUGCGCAACAUCAUUCUCUGCAAGGACAGUUUCCACCCCCGUCGGAGGCGAGGGGGAAUGAUACGGACUCGCCCGGUUAUCCCGGAGGAGCGCCGAGCCCGCAGCACAACCACGCUCAGCAACGGGAAGCUGUGCAGUGGGGGCGAGCCAGACCCCCUGGCACAAAGACUGGCGCAAGAAGCCGCCCUGGUCGCCCGAGGGUGCACGCACAUCCGAGUGUGCCCCGAGUGCCGCAGGUUUCAGGGCCUGCGGGCACGGCCGUCUGCGGGCUCCCCCGCGCGGAGCGAAGAGAGCUUGGAGUGGGAGAAGACCACCAACAGCAGCGAGCCCGAGUAA